AUGACCCUUGCCAUGGUUGACAAAACCCUGGAGGACACCAUCGAUAUUCUUUCCAAACGGAUCAACGAUCUCCUGGUUAAGUUUUCCCUCUAUCCUGACCGACGGGUUAUGAUCGCGUUUGCUGGAGUGCCUGGGUCAGGCAAGUCAACAGUGUCAAGCAAGCUCCUGAAGAGGCUGCCCCAGAAAGCCAUUGACAACGUCGUGGUGGUGCCAAUGGAUGGUUUCCACUUCCCAAAGAAGACCUUGGCAAAGUUUCCUUGUCCUGAGACAGCGUUUCGUCGACGCGGCGCCCCCUUCACCUUCGACGCAGAUGCAUUUGUUGAGAUUGUGACGGCUCUGAAGAAGGGUCCCGUCACGCAGGAGGACGACCCGAGAUUGGCGAUACGGCUUCCGAGCUUCGACCACGCCAUCCAAGAUCCCGUGGAUGAUGACAUUUAUGUGCCCUCAUCUGCACGGGUCAUCAUUGUCGAAGGCAACUAUCUCUUGUUUGACGAGUCUCCGUGGAACAAGACAAGCGCUAUGUUUGACGAAAGGUGGUUUGUGGAUGUGCCCCCUCAAAUUGCGAAGCGUCGUCUGAUCGAACGCGACGUCCACGCCGGAAUUGAGACCAGCAGGGAGGCAGCCGCCGCCCGCGUCGAAGAGAAUGACCUUCAAAAUGGUGCAGUAAUCAGAUCAAAACUUAUAAGGCCGGACGUCACCUUCAUAAACUGA